UUUUUUAGUUAUUUAUUUACUGUAACUCCAGUUAUCAAACUCUUCGUUGCGGCUUACGAGGAAAAUAAAAACCGCACUUCCAGAUUCCAACGCAAUCCCCUGUUCUCCUCGGUGCGAUCCCCCGUCCUGUCCAAGUUUUCCGGUUCCGAAUUGAUCAAGAGCCGAGUUCCGCGGCCGAAUCGACCAGAAGGCGCCUCCUUUCCGUCGAAUCCGCCGCCAUCUUUGAUGCGCCGGGCCGUCGAGAUUCCGGCUCCGGCGUGAGGUGAAGUUUCCGCGCGUGGGAAGAGCGCCGGGCCAUGGCGUGCAGGGGCUUCUUCGAGUGGGUCCUCAAGCUGCUCAACCUCGUGGUCAUGGCAGUCGGGCUGGCCAUGGUGGGCUACGGCGCCUAUCUGCUCGUGAUGUGGCUGCAGGUGGCCCUGCCACCGCCGCCGCCGUCGCCAUCGCCGGCGGCGGUGGCUACCAGCGGCGAGCUGGCGCGGCUGGGUAGACCACUGCUGCUCCUUGUUGAUCUGUCUCUGUCAGAUGGGACCGCGGAUAGGCUCUCCAAUGCAUGGUUUAUUUUCGUGUUUAUUGGUGUUGGUGUAAUACUCUUCAUCACAUCCAUCUUUGGUUGUGCUGGAGUAAGAAGUGGGUGCUGCAUGUCUAUUUAUUCAUUUCUCAUUAUUGUGUUCAUACUGGUGGAGCUUGCUGCAGGAGGCUUCAUUUUCUUUAACCACAGUUGGAAAGAAGUAAUUCCAGUUGACAAAACUGGUAACUUUGACAUGAUGUACAGCUUUUUGAAAGAGAAUUGGAGAAUUGUGAAAUGGGUUGCACUUGGAGCUGUUAUAUUUGAGGCAUUGCUGUUCACUGUAGCUAUCAUAGUACAGUCGGGCAAUCAAGCUGAUUAUGACAGUGAUGAUGAGUACAUUGGCCCGAGGUCUGGAGUCCAGCAGCCAUUGGUGAAUCAGCAAGCUGCUGCCGAUCCUAGGGUGCCCAACCUUGACUACCGCCCAAUUCGGAACGACGCAUGGAGCCAAAGAUUGAGAGAGAAGUAUGGGGUGGAUAGCUUCGAUCCAAACAGGUUUCAACGGGCCACGAUAUCUCCUGCAGAACAAAGAAACCGAUGCACGAUUCUCUAAAGCUUGGUUGAUAUCAGUCAGUAGUGGUUCGAAGUUCCAAGUCUUUAUCCAACUGGACAAUUGCAUCGACUCCUGGAUAUUAUUGUGUGCCUUGUUUAUCCUAUGUUGCCCGGUUUUGUAGCAUAUGGAAAGUUUUGCGUUCUCCUGCUUCA